GAGCCAAAACCAAAGAUGGGGUGAGACGUCAAAGAGACAAAGACAACGACUGCACUCUCUCUUCUUCCUCUGGCUCCGGCGAAAAAACCCUUAUUCGAUUUCAUUGAUAAAAUACCCAAAUUCGAUCUCUCGUGAGGGAAGGAGAAGAAGAUGGGAACAAUGGGUAAAGCAUUUUACAGCGUAGGAUUCUGGAUCCGGGAAACUGGUCAAGCACUCGAUCGGCUCGGUUGUCGCCUCCAAGGCAAAAAUCACUUCCGAGAACAGCUGUCGAGGCACCGGACACUCAUGAAUGUUUUUGACAAAUCCCCUAGUGUGGAUAAGGGUGCUUUUGUGGCUCCUAACGCUUCUAUCACUGGUGAUGUCCAUGUGGGACGAGGUUCUUCCAUUUGGUAUGGAUGUGUCUUGAGAGGAGAUGCUAACAGCAUUAGUGUUGGAGCUGGCACCAAUAUCCAGGACAACGCUCUUGUCCACGUUGCUAAGUCCAACUUAAGCGGGAAGGUCUUACCUACUGUCAUUGGAAACAAUGUCACUGUUGGUCAUAGUGCUGUUUUACAUGGCUGCACUGUCGAGGACGAGGCCUAUAUUGGUACAAGUGCAACCGUGUUGGAUGGAGCUCAUGUUGAAAAACAUGCCAUGGUUGCUUCAGGAGCUCUUGUUAGGCAGAACACUAGAAUUCCCUCUGGCGAGGUUUGGGGAGGCAACCCAGCUAAAUUUCUCAGGAAGGUGACAGAAGAAGAACGAGUCUUCUUCUCCAGUUCAGCUGUGGAGUACUCCAACUUAGCUCAAGUUCACGCGACAGAGAACGCAAAGAACUUGGACGAGACUGAGUUCAAGACGCUUCUAAACAAGAAGAACGCUCGCGAUACAGAAUAUGAUUCAGUACUUGAUGAUCUCACACUCCCUGAGAAUGUCCCAAAAGCAGCUUGAGGCGUUUAACCUGUGUCGUCUUGUGAAUCUUGAUUUGUGUGGAUUUGAAAAAAACAAACAAGAACUUCAAUUCUUGCAUCUCCAAUAAAGUUUUCUUGCGCUUAAAAUCCAGUGGCCGGUGCUUAUUGGGAAAGUUUUCCGCGCUGAGGCAUUCAUUUCUCUGUUAAAGAUUCUGGGAGGGUUUUGUUCUCUUGAAACUUGAGGAUAAAAAGUUGUAACCCUUUUUCUUCAUUUUAUGUCUAAUAAAUUUGUUGAUCAGACAGAAAUUUCUCGUAUUUAGGUUGAACUGUUUGGUUUUA